GCAGCAGAUAGACUCGACGCCUUCCGUAGUGAAAUGAGACGUUGGUUGAGCUGAAAGCAGUAGUGGUUGAAAAUAUUGGGGCUCGACAACCUCCUUUGCAGGAUGGGCCGGUACAAAAGUAUUAAUAUCGGUUUCACAUUUCAGAUGACAACUUCCUAUCCAAGCACCUCAGUGGAAGCGAGAGAAGAAGUGGGCAGAAGCAUAUGCGUGCUCUCAUACGAGUCGUUGAAGAUCGAUGAAAUCAUAAAAUCAGUCAGCGAUGAUGGUGCAGGGGCAACAGCACUCUUCAUCGGCACGACUCGAAAUUCAUAUCAAGGAAAGGUCGUGACACGUCUAGAAUACCAGGCGUACAGCAAGUUAGCUAUCAAAACCAUGACAGACAUCAUCCGAACAGCACAUCAAUCAGCCACACGCUCCACCCACGAUUCAACGCCCGCAGCAGUGCCCUGCAUCAUUUCCUGCGCUGUGCACCAUCGGCUGGGGACGGUGCCGGUAGGAGAACCCUCGAUCGUGAUAGCGGUAUCUUCACCGCAUCGAAAGGAGGCAUCCGUUGCGUGUGAACAGAUCCUCGAGGAAGUCAAGCAGAGAGUACAGAUAUGGAAGAGGGAGUACUACGAGGGCGAAAAAGAGGACGAAGCAGAGUGGAAGGCGAAUAGCAGCUAGAUUGGCGUGAUGCUGAGGAUGGUCUAAGUACGGCA